GUAUAUAGGGGAGGGAGGGCGAGAGAGAAAUCCACUUACAUCACUAGAACUGCAUUGACUGUGAGCCUUGCAGGUUAAGAGACAGACUCCAGUGUCUUGCUUUCUGCAGGAAGCAGCAAUGCCGCCUGUUUCCUAAGAGGAAUUUUUUAUUUAGAAAAGGAAGCUUUCUCUCUACCCAGGAAAUGGCUUUCCUUGUGCGUUGCUAUGCCAACUGCCUGCAGCCAUGGUCCUCCAAAGUAAGCACAAUAAUGUAAUUAUAUUGGUGUAUUGCAUUCAGACUCCUGCUUCUCGAGACUGUGUGUGUGUGUGCAUGUGCCGUGUUUCUGUUAGUGACUCUGGCUGGCAGUCGUGGUUGUGUUGAGUGUGAGGGACAGACAUCAUUAGAUCAAAUGUCCAUCAGUGUCAUGCCGCUGAGAUUAAUUGUGCAAACUUGGUUAGUGGAGUGGGACAGAGAUCACUGGUCACUGCUCUGUCAGCAUCACUGGCAGCCAGGGAGGAGGUCCCGAUUCACACGCUCUGCCCUGGUUCUUUCUUUCUUCCUCUUCUUUUUUCCAUGGUCGGAGGGGUCCGUACGUGUGAUUGCAAAUGAGACAAGAGUAUUAACAAUGCUUGGCUGAAUGCUGGAGCCUGGUUCCUCCACCACCCUAAUAUCAUUCUGUAGGAAGCCUUUUGGAGGAGAGUCUGUGUGCAGUCAGCCAUUUUAGCUUUUUUUUUUUUUUUUUUCUUUCCUCCUUUUCUUUUGCCUCUUGUUCUUCAGUCUCAGAAGUGAUCUUGCUCUCAGGGAAGACUGAAAGCUGGAUAAGGUUUCCCGGGUCUCGCCAUAGCUUGAGAUGGUUAGAGUUUCUGUGUUGUAAAAAUGGAGACCGGCAGGGUCGGGCAGAUCCCUUUUCUGGUCCGCAAGUGUGAGGGUUUUCAGCUCACCGGUAGUGAGACUUGAGGCUGCAGCUGACUCUCCUCCUCCUCCUUUUUUUUUUUUUUUUCUUGCUUUCUGUUUCUUUUUUCUUUUAAUUCAUUGCUGUCAAGGGUGACUUGCCGUCCAUGAGAGACUGUUACAUGAUGUGUAAAUUCAGCCCAGCAUAUGUUUCUUCAUUAUGAAACCACUAGCAAUCCCAGCUAACCAUGGAGUUAUGGGCCAGCAGGAGAAACAUUCACUCCCUGCAGAUUUCACAAAGCUACACCUCACUGACAGUCUCCACCCACAGGUGACACACGUCUCCUCCAGCCACUCAGGAUGUAGCAUCACUAGUGACUCUGGAAGCAGCAGUCUUUCUGAUAUCUACCAGGCCACAGAGAGUGAGGCUGGUGACAUGGACCUUAGUGGGUUGCCGGAAACAGCAGUGGACUCUGAGGACGAUGACGAUGAAGAGGACAUCGAGAGGGCCUCAGACCCUCUAAUGAGCAGAGACAUCGUGAGAGACUGCCUGGAGAAGGACCCCAUUGACAGGACAGACGAUGACAUUGAACAACUUCUGGAAUUCAUGCACCAGUUGCCUGCUUUUGCCAACAUGACCAUGUCAGUGAGGCGGGAGCUGUGUGCUGUGAUGGUGUUCGCUGUGGUGGAAAGAGCUGGGACCAUCGUCUUAAACGACGGUGAAGAGCUGGACUCGUGGUCAGUGAUCCUGAAUGGUUCUGUGGAAGUGACUUAUCCAGAUGGAAAAGCAGAAAUACUGUGUAUGGGAAAUAGUUUCGGUGUCUCUCCCACCAUGGACAAGGAGUACAUGAAAGGAGUGAUGAGGACAAAGGUGGAUGACUGCCAGUUUGUCUGCAUAGCCCAGCAAGAUUACUGCCGUAUCCUCAACCAAGUAGAAAAGAACAUGCAAAAAGUUGAAGAGGAAGGAGAGAUUGUCAUGGUGAAGGAACACCGAGAGCUCGAUCGGACUGGAACAAGAAAGGGCCACAUUGUCAUCAAGGGCACCUCAGAACGAUUAACGAUGCAUUUGGUGGAAGAACAUUCAGUGGUGGAUCCAACGUUCAUAGAAGACUUCCUGUUGACCUAUAGGACUUUUCUCUGUAGCCCGAUGGAAGUGGGCAAAAAGUUGUUGGAGUGGUUCAAUGACCCGAGCCUCAGGGAUAAGGUUACACGGGUAGUAUUAUUGUGGGUGAAUAAUCACUUCAAUGACUUUGAAGGAGAUCCUGCAAUGACUCGAUUUCUAGAAGAAUUUGAAAAUAAUCUGGAAAGAGAGAAAAUGGGUGGACAUCUAAGGCUGUUAAAUAUUGCAUGUGCAGCCAAAGCAAAAAGAAGAUUGAUGACGCUAACAAAACCAUCCCGAGAAGCUCCUUUGCCUUUUAUCUUACUUGGAGGCUCAGAGAAAGGAUUUGGAAUCUUUGUUGACAGUGUAGAUUCAGCUAGCAAAGCAACAGAAGCGGGCUUGAAACGAGGGGACCAGAUACUAGAAGUAAAUGGUCAAAACUUUGAAAAUAUUCAGCUGUCAAAAGCCAUGGAAAUUCUUAGAAAUAACACACAUUUAUCUAUCACUGUGAAAACCAAUUUAUUUGUAUUUAAAGAACUUCUAACAAGAUUAUCAGAAGAGAAGAGAAAUGGUGCCCCUCACCUCCCUAAAAUUGGAGACAUCAAAAAGGCCAGUCGCUACUCCAUUCCAGAUCUUGCUGUAGAUGUAGAACAAGUGAUAGGACUUGAAAAAGUAAAUAAGAAAAGCAAAGCCAACACUGUUGGGGGAAGGAACAAGCUCAAAAAGAUACUUGACAAGACUCGGAUCAGUAUCUUGCCACAGAAACCAUAUAAUGAUAUCGGGAUUGGUCAGUCUCAAGAUGAUAGCAUAGUAGGAUUAAGGCAGACCAAGCACAUCCCAACUGCACUGCCUGUCAGCGGAACCUUAUCCUCCAGUAAUCCUGACUUACUGCAGUCACAUCAUCGCAUUUUAGACUUCAGUGCUACUCCUGACUUGCCAGAUCAAGUGCUAAGGGUUUUCAAGGCUGACCAGCAAAGCCGCUACAUCAUGAUCAGUAAGGACACUACGGCGAAGGAAGUGGUUGUCCAGGCCAUCCGGGAGUUUGCCGUGACCGCCACCCCGGAUCAGUACUCACUCUGUGAAGUCUCUGUCACGCCAGAGGGAGUGAUCAAGCAAAGAAGGCUUCCGGAUCAGCUGUCCAAACUUGCUGACAGAAUACAGCUGAGCGGAAGGUAUUACUUGAAAAACAACAUGGAGACGGAAACCCUUUGCUCGGACGAGGAUGCACAGGAGCUGCUGCGAGAGAGCCAGAUCUCGCUGCUGCAGCUCAGCACCGUGGAGGUGGCCACGCAGCUCUCCAUGCGCAACUUCGAGCUUUUCCGUAACAUCGAGCCCACCGAGUACAUCGAUGACUUGUUCAAGCUCAAAUCAAAAACCAGCUGUGCCAACCUGAAGACGUUCGAGGAAGUCAUCAACCAGGAGACGUUUUGGGUGGCAUCCGAGAUUCUGCGGGAGAUAAACCAGCUGAAGAGGAUGAAGAUCAUUAAGCAUUUCAUCAAGAUAGCUCUGCACUGUAGGGAGUGCAAGAAUUUUAACUCCAUGUUUGCAAUCAUCAGUGGCCUAAACCUGGCGCCAGUGGCAAGACUGCGAACUACCUGGGAGAAACUUCCCAAUAAAUACGAAAAGCUGUUUCAAGAUCUCCAAGACCUGUUUGAUCCUUCCAGAAACAUGGCGAAAUACCGCAAUGUCCUCAACAGUCAGAACCUGCAGCCUCCUAUCAUCCCCCUGUUCCCAGUGAUCAAGAAGGAUCUUACGUUCCUUCACGAAGGGAAUGACUCCAAGGUUGACGGGCUGGUCAAUUUUGAGAAGCUAAGAAUGAUUGCGAAAGAAAUCCGUCACGUUGGCCGAAUGGCCUCUGUGAACAUGGACCCUGCCCUCAUGUUCAGGACUCGGAAGAAGAAGUGGAGGAGUCUGGGGUCGCUCAGCCAGGGUAGUACAAACGCAACCGUGCUAGACGUUGCUCAGACAGGUGGGCAUAAAAAGCGGGUGCGUCGUAGCUCCUUUCUUAAUGCCAAAAAGCUAUACGAAGAUGCCCAGAUGGCUCGCAAAGUGAAGCAGUACCUGUCCAAUCUGGAGCUCGAGAUGGAUGAGGAAAGUCUUCAGACGCUAUCCCUGCAGUGUGAGCCGGCCACCAACACACUGCCUAAGAAUCCCAGUGACAAAAAGCCUGUCAAGUCGGAGACCUCCCCAGUGGCCCCGAGAGCGGGGCUGCAGCCGAAAGCGCAGCCGCAGCCGCCGCCGCCGCCGCCGCCGCACAAACUCAACCAGGGACUGCAGGUUCCCGCCGUGUCCCUCUACCCUUCACGGAAGAAAGUUCCCGUAAAGGACCUCCCACCUUUCGGCAUCAACUCUCCACAAGCUUUAAAGAAAAUUCUUUCUUUGUCUGAAGAAGGAAGCCUGGAGCGCCACAGGAGGCCAGCAGAAGACACAAUAUCCAACACGUCUUCCCAGCUCUCCUCUCCGCCCACCUCCCCACAGAGCUCCCCACGGAAAGGUGGCAGUGGCAGUCAGCGGAGAUCUUUUGGCUCCGGGCAGUUGGAUUUAACCAGCUCCUCCUCUUCUCUUGGAAGUGAGAACAGUAACAAGAAUAACAGUGCACCACGGACCUAUGGGAUAGGCUACACUUUGGCUCCGAGUGGCACCGUGGAUAACUUCUCAGAUUCCGGCCACAGCGAAAUCUCCUCGAGAUCCAGUAUCGUCAGCAACUCCUCCUUCGAUUCAUUGCCCGUCUCGCUGCCUGACGAGCGGCGCCAGAGGCCGUCGGUCAGCAUCGUGGAGACCAGCCUGGCCUCGGGCCGGCUGGAGAGGCGGCCGGCGGUGGAGCCUGACCAGUACAGCCUGGGGUCCUGUGCGCCGCUGUCUGAGAGCCGGGGCCUGUACGCUGCGGCCACCGUGAUCUCCUCCCCCAGCACGGAGGAGCUUUCCCAGGACCAGGGGGACCGAGCCUCCCUGGACGCUGCUGACAGCGGCCGGGGGAGCUGGACGUCCUGCUCGAGCGGCUCCCAUGAUAACAUCCAGACCAUCCAGCACCAGAGGAGCUGGGAGACGCUGCCCUUUGGGCACACUCACUUCGAUUACCCAGGGGACGCCGCAGGGCUGUGGGCCUCGAGCAGCCAUAUGGACCAAAUCAUGUUUCCCGACCACAGUGCAAAGUACAGCAGGCAGAGUCAGAGCCGAGAGAGUCUCGAUCAGGCCCAGUCCCGGGCCAGCUGGGCCUCGUCCACGGGGUACUGGGGAGAGGACUCGGAAGGGGACACGGGCACGAUCAAGAGAAGGGGGGGUAAGGACGUUUCCCUUGACGCGGACAGCAGCAGCAUGACGGCCGUGACCGCAGAGGAAGCCAAACCCGCCGCCAUGGCUGCCCACAUAGCCGUGACACCCAGUGCCGCCAAGGGCCUCAUCGCAGCCAGGAAGGAGGGCCGCUACCGGGAGCCGCCGCCCACCCCACCAGGCUACGUGGGCAUUCCUAUCACCGACUUCCCCGAGGCCCACCCACACCCGGCCCGGAAGCCGCCGGACUACACCGUGGCGCUGCAGCGGUCCAGGAUGCUGGCCCGGCCAGCCGAAGCCCCCGCCCCAGGCAGCGCCAGGCCUGCCCCCCGGCCGCAGUGGCACCGGCCCGGCGAUGGUGACCCACGCGCCGGCCCCUGUGCACCCCCGGGCCUCACCGCCGAGGAGGACGAAGAUGAACAGGUGUCUGCUGUUUGAGGCGCGGGCUUCUCUGGACCUGAGUCAACCGCCCAAAGGAGAGCACAAGAAGACGCCCCCUAGCGUCGGAGCCUUGGAACUCACACUCUGAGGAUGGUGGACCAGUUUGCCUCCUUUCCUGCCUUAAAAGCAGCAUGGGGCUCCUGACCCCUCUUCCUGUCCCCUUUGCAUGUGAAAUACUGUGAAGAAACCGCCCUGGCACUUUUCCGACUUCGUUGCUUGAAUGCACAGCGCAGCCGUCUCCGAGCUCCGCGUCGCUGCCUGCCACGUAACACAGCAUCAUUCCAGAUUCCAAGGUCAUCGCCACCGAUGAUUCACCCUGGCUGCACUUAUCCACGCCGGGAAGGAUUUUUUAAAAAAUCUCCCUUUUAGAUUUCAAUCCAGUCCUAGCACUUGGUUUCAUUGGAAUCGUGAGAAAAGCCAGCCACGGAACUACUUGGGGCCUCUAACCCACCAAGGAAAACAAAAACGAAAUCCUUUGAGUAUAGUGCUCGUCCGCUUGUUUACAAUGUCUUCUUUUUUUUUUUUUUUCCUUUUUAAUGAGUUUAAAGAUUGUGUUCAGAGAGUAAAUUUUAUAUCCAUUUAAUGAUUACAGUAUUAUUUUGAACCUUUAAGUAGGGUUGCCAGCCUGGGUUUCUCAAAAACCAAAUAUGCCGGACAGGGUGUGGCCACAACAGGAAGAGAGGAGGCGGGGUACGGCCCUCUUCCUGCGUCCUGGCCGCCCCCAGAAGUGCCCUAUCCUGGAAGCAUGAGAUGUUAGCCAAUUACCUAGGUCCCAGGGCUCCCGCCCCUCCUUCCCCAGGGGCUGGGGCUCUACUGUACAAACUGUUUGCACAUGGCCGGGGAGGGACUGGGACUCUAGCGUUCUGUGUCUGAGCCUUAUGGAGCACGGGGCGGCGCCACCCUUGGGCGUGCCCUGCUCCAUUGAGACGGACGGCAGACCCCGUGUUUUUUAAAUUAUGUUUCUUUGAUUUCUGUUCAUUUAGCUUUAGGGCUUCUCUUGUUUGUUUUUAAAGAGAAACGUUUAUAACUGGAUAGCAUUGCAGUGGAAGCAGCUUGGGGUGUUGGCACUAAUGCCAGCCGUUCAUACUGCUCUUUCCAGACAGCCUCCCUGUAUCUAUCGAUCGGCAUGAGGGAACACACGAGCCUUUAACAUGAAAAAGAUCAAAAAGGUCCAAAACCCGGUGCGAUCCGCCAGCCUUUGCAAGGCAGGUUGGUGGCCAAAGACUGACCCGUAAGUGGCUUUACGGACGCUGAGAUUGAGAAGGCCUGAGUGUAGCAACCACCUGCUCACAGCUGCUAUUAACCCCAGAAGGACUGAACCCUCCACUCUAUUUUUGUGUUGUUUUUGCACAGACUCCGGAAAAGUGAAGGCUGCCAAUCCGAGUAGUACUCAGAUGUGAGGAACUGCUGGUCUUGGAUUUUUUUUCCAUUAAAUUCAGCUGAUCAUAUUGAUCAGUAGAUAAACGUAAAUAGCUUCCAAUUUUAAAAGUCAAAUUGCAGUGUUUUUUCACUGUAUCAAAGCAAUGUCAGUGCUUUAUUUAAUGAUUCUCUCCUGUAUCAUGGCAUUUGUCUACUUGCUUAUAUAUUACAUUGUCAAUGAUGCAUUUGUAAUUUUACAUGUAAGAUGCAUUAUUUGCCAGUUUUCUUCUCUAGGCUAUGGACCUCAUGUGCAUAUAGAAAGACAGAACUCUCGCUCUACACAAGUUGCACAAAUGUUAUCUAAGCAUUAAGUCACCGUAGAACAUAGGACUGUAACCUCAGUUCGCUCUGUGAUGUCAAGUGCAGAAUGUACAAUUAACUGGUGAUUUCCUCAUACUUUUGAUACUACUUGUACCUGUAUGUCUUUUAGAAAGACAUUGGUGGAGUCUGUAUCCCUUUUGUAUUUUUAAUACAAUAAUUGUACAUAUUGGUUAUAUUUUUGUUGAAAAUGGUAGAAAUGUACUAUGUUUAUGCUUCUACAUCCAGUUUGUACAAGCUGGAAAAUAAAUAAAUAUAACAUAA